UGUACCAGAGACUGUUGUCAUAAGGCAGGACGGAGAAACGCUGCAGCCACCGAGGGACAAGCCUGGCGACCAGUUUCACGUCUUCGUCAGGUUUUUUAAAAUAUUGACAUUCGUAUGCACUUCAUUUUAAUCGUUGCAUUUAAUGUUUAUGUAACGUUCGCUUUUAAAGUUGGUUAACGUUAGUUUUUAUUCGAAUUCACAAGUGUAUGGGAGCAAGCUAGUAUCCAGGGCCAAACCAACGUCAGUUGAGGUAGGGUUAACAAUAGUUGACCCGUUCAGAUAUUAUCGAUACCUCUGUUGCUGAAGACUUUUAACAGUUUAUUUUAAAGACGCCGGAGUGCACUUUAAUCCAAAAUGAGCGCAGGUAUCGCGAAGCCGGCGAAUCCGUCGGCACAUGUCGACCCGAAAUCUGCACCUCUCAAAGAAAUCCCAGAUGUUCUGGUUGACCCACGGACCAUGAGGAGAUACGCGAGGGGAAGAUUCCUCGGUAAGGGAGGUUUCGCCAAAUGCUACGAAAUCACAGAUGUGGAGACGAAGCAGGUUUUCGCCGGCAAAAUCGUGCCCAAGUCCCUGAUCCUGAAGCAGCACCAGAGGGAGAAGAUGACCUCUGAAAUCGCCAUUCACAAGAGUCUAAAUCACGCCAACGUCGUGGGUUUCCACGGGUUCUUCGAGGACGACGACUUUGUCUUCGUUGUCUUGGAAAUCUGCAGGAGAAGGUCCCUGCUGGAGCUGCACAAGCGUCGUAAGGCUGUGACUGAGCCCGAGGCUCGUUACUACAUGACUCAGCUGCUCAAGGGUGUCCAGUACCUGCACAACAACAGAGUCAUCCACAGAGACCUGAAACUGGGCAACAUCUUCCUCAAUGAUGACAUGGAGGUCAAGAUAGGGGACUUUGGUUUGGCCACUAAGAUCGAGUUUGAUGGCGAGAGGAAGAAGACCUUGUGUGGAACGCCCAACUACAUUGCACCUGAAGUGCUUUGUAAGAAAGGCCACAGCUAUGAAGUGGACGUCUGGUCGCUUGGGUGCAUUUUGUACACUUUGCUGGUGGGUAAGCCCCCGUUUGAGACUUCGUGUCUGAAGGAGACUUACAACCGCAUCAAGAAGAACAACUACACCAUCCCCUGGCACAUCAACCCGUUGGCGUCUGCUCUCAUCAAGCGGAUGCUGCAUGCUGAUCCCACCCAAAGGCCGACCAUCACUGAGCUCCAGUCAGACGAGUACUUCACAUCUGGCUACAUCCCCUUACAUCUGCCCACUACUUGCCUUACAGUGCCCCCGCGGUUCUCCAUCGCUCCCUCCACAACUGUGGAACUCAACCAGAGGCGGCCACUGACUGCCAUUAACAACAAAGCAGGGACAGAGAAGGUGGACGUGAAGGACGAGCCUGUGCAAAGGGAGCCUGAGCCCACAGAGAAUCACCUGAAGGACAUGCUGCAGCAGCUCAACAGCAUCAUUGCUGCCAAACCCUCUGAGAAGGCUGUCAUCUGCCAAGAAGAGGCAGAGGAUCCCGCGUGCAUUCCCAUCUUCUGGAUCAGCAAAUGGGUAGACUACUCUGACAAAUAUGGAUUAGGCUACCAACUCUGUGACAACAGCGUUGGCGUGCUGUUCAAUGAUUACACACGGCUGAUCAUGUAUGCUGAUGGAGACAGUCUCCAGUACAUCGACAAGACAGCAGCUGAAUCCUACCUCAGCGUGCGCUCUUACCCUACUGCUCUCAACAAGAAGAUAACGUUGCUAAAAUAUUUCCGCAAUUACAUGAGCGAACACCUGCUGAAGGCCGGCGCCAACAUGGCACGGCGAGACGGAGACGAGCUGGCGCGGCUGCCUUACCUCUCCCUCUGGUUCAGAACGAAGAGUGCCAUCGUCCUGCACCUCACCAACGGCACUGUUCAGAUCAACUUCUUCCAGGACCACACUAAGCUGAUCCUGUGUCCGCUGAUGAGCGCGGUGACCUACAUCGAUGAGAAGCGAGAGUUCCGCACCUACAAGCUGUCUCUGCUGGAGGAGUUCGGCUGCAGUAAGGAGCUGGCCAGCCGCAUCCGCUACGCCAAGCUAAUGGUGGAGAAACUGCUGGACAGCAAGCCCACCGCCGCGGCACAUUAGACCACCUCACACCACAUCUUCAAUCACGUCUCUGUCUUUAAUCACCGGCCACCACUUCCUGUCUGCCAGCCUCUAAGGACGCAAUAGACACUUAAAAAUCUCAUGUAUUUUAUUGAAGGGGUUCAGCAUAAUGAUCUUAUGACAUCUUUGAGGUUCUACCAUGAGAAUUAACCUCAUUUAUUGUACAUAACUGUGGUAUUUCAGUCUUUCAGCCACUGAUUUUAAUCGUUUUUCCAGCUGUUCUGUUAUCUUAACUUACUUGAUGAAUCCUGACACGUUCCUACUGUUGAAAUUAAGAUGGCGUUCUGUAUGUUUAAAUGAAAUUCGGAGGAAAAGAUGAAUGUUACAUCUUGUUUGCAUUAAUAUAUCAGUGGUGCUUUUAAAUCUAAAGCCGAGCAGACAAACGUGUGGUGAGGGCUGAGAGAGACCGGCUUUGUGGAUGGGGAAAUCUUUUCUGGUGUGUUUUCUCUAAAUGUGUCUGUCUUAUCUGUGUUGCAUGUGCAGAAAUGUACCAUGUUAAUACGUCUUCAUCAUGCACAUUCUUCCUGUAGUUACUUUUUACACUUUUAAAUAAGUCUAUUUUAGAUGUCUUGUCUUUUUCAACAAGAUGUGCAAACAUGUACAUACUGCUGAAUAUGCUUAUGUGUUGUAAAGAUGGUUUAAUUUUACCCAAGUUUAAUAAAGAUUUUUUUAAACUUUACAA